AUGAGAUGUUUACCCGAAGGGAUGUUGGGGCACCUUACUGCUCUGGAAUUCCUCCAGAUAUGGGAUUGCCAAGAGUUUGUAGAGCUUCCAGAGGAUAUUAAACAUCUUCAUAAUCUUGAGUAUCUUGUGUUACAUGAUCUACCCAAGAUGACGCACUUGCCUCAAGCUUUUCAGCAGCUCACUUUGCUAUACCUAUGUGAUCUUCCUGAGCUCGAAACACUCCCGGAUCAGCUACCAUCUCUUGAUUCACUCUUUGUUGUACACUGCCCAAAGGUUAUAUCGAUUCCACCUCUGCCAAAUCUGAAAGUUCUAAGCAUCAGUGGAUGCCCAGAGCUGGGAAGGCGAUGUCAGAAAAGAAGCGGUGAGGAUUGGCACAAGAUUUCCCAUGUUCGCAGAAUCGAUAUUUCUCCAAAAUAA